UAGAAUUUUUAAAAGUAAUUUCAAAACCGCAUUUCCAACUUUGUGCGCUGAAUUCGGCCUCCGAAAAUCAAUUCGAGCUCGUUUCGUGGAUCUUCAUUCGCCGUCUUCAAGAAUGAUCCGGUUCAUACUUUUGCAAAACAGGCAGGGCAAGACUCGUCUGGCUAAGUACUAUGUUCCUCUUGAGGAAUCCGAGAAGCACAAGGUCGAAUACGAGGUUCACCGAUUGGUGGUGAAUAGAGAUCCCAAGUUCACAAAUUUCGUUGAGUUCCGAACACAUAAGGUAAUCUACAGACGAUAUGCCGGGUUAUUUUUCUCUCUUUGUGUGGACAUAACCGACAAUGAGUUGGCAUAUCUCGAGUGUAUUCAUUUGUUUGUGGAGAUUUUGGAUCACUUCUUCAGCAAUGUUUGUGAGCUCGAUUUGGUUUUUAACUUUCACAAGGUUUAUCUGAUACUUGACGAAUUCAUUCUUGCUGGAGAGCUCCAAGAAACAAGCAAAAAGGCGAUUAUUGAAAGAAUGGGGGAGCUGGAAAAGCUGGAGUGAAGAUAGUGCAUGUUAGAGAGCUAAGAUUGCAAUUUAUUUUCCAUGACAGAAUUUAUUAUAUUGCUGAUUUCAGUUUGAUUUGUUUUCCCAUAGUAUAUUUGUCUGUAUGGUAUUGUUGUGAUAAAUAGAACAAAGAAGAAAAAGAUCGAACAGAAUUGAGUCCCCUGCAUCACUCUUGCAUAGUUUUUGAACAUUUUCAGAACAUCAACCUUCUAUAAAUAGUGAAAUCCACAGAGAA